ACGGGGCGUACCUCGUUCAGCAACGAAGACGUUGCACAACAGCGGCAACCUUUCUCGCCUUCUUCUCGCUUUCACAUCGACCAAGCGUUUCGCUGUUUGUCUCGCGCGUUUGGUAGUUUGUCAUGCACAAUACCGUGCAAUGUCGUAAAUGCAGAACGAGGUUCGCGCCGUGGCGCCACAUGGACCGCAGAGCACUCAAUGCGGCUGGAGGAGAACCUCCAUCGGUCCACGUGGCAGAGCGGAGUGAGAACCUCGGAACGGGGCAGGGAGUGGAGUGGCGGGACGGUUUGCGGACGCCACAUUGCCACCUAACGGAAGCCGACGUACCUUGGAGAUCGUUCGCCGAGGAUGGGGAUGGCGCGGCGCAGCUUGGGGUGGAUGACGACGAUGGCGCAGCGCAGCAGAGUUGUCAUCAAGCAGGAUUGAAGGCAGGGAAUGGGACGGUGAACCGGGCUGCCGACUUGCGCGGGAGCUUUCUCGCAGCUCCCUGCUCGUCGGUCUUCGGUGCGACGUUCCGCCUCACGGCACCCUACCACCCCGCCGCGAAAUGGCACUGCGAUGCGCAAAUCGGAAGGUUUGCCCAGGGCUUCCACUGCCGUCUCGACUGUGGCGCCCGACACUGUUCGUUGGAUUCGGUGCAUACACAGCUGAUCAUCGACGCGAUGAUGACUGCCUACUCGCAGGCCUCGAAGACUUACAAGCUGCCCAUACUGAAGCUGGCACCGUUGGGGUUGGAGAAACCGAAGCCGGGAGUGCGUGCACAGCGUCUGAAGCCCGAGGACUGGAAGGACGAGCUGGCGGACCAGUACUACUACUACGCUGUUGCUGGCCAGCAUAACGCGGGCGUCGCCAGGACGCUUCUUGGCACAGACGUGGCGGUGAGGUACCACUUCGAGAGGUGGCCUACGAGAAUGGUGUACUUCUCCAAUGCGGACUUUGAAGGGUAUUUUCUGGUCAGCACCGAGGAUAACAAGAAGGACCUGAAGGCGCCUCCCAGACAGCAGAAACUGUCGAUGAAGGACAUCCGCUGGUGCUGGAAGGAAAAGGGUUACCCCAGAGUUGUUAUGGGGAACCCGAGCGGGAAACAGGCUCAGGUGGAGUCUUGGCGCCGGUUUUGUGAAGAUGCGCUUCAAAAGACGCUGUACAAUCAUUUGUGGACACUCGCUGACAACAAGACCGAGCAGGGCAUAAGGAAGCAGAACGCUGCCCUCCGAUCUUAUUUCCCGCUUGCGAUGGCCGAGGAGAGCGUGUGGAAAAUGGGAAUGGAAUUUUUCGAGAAAUGGGAGACGGGCAGACUGCUGGCACCCGAAGGGGCGAAGUGGAUCGAGAAGAAGAAGAAGGUCAAGGGCGUCAAGGCCGGUGUGAGCCACAUCGAGAAUAACAAGACCGGGCGAAAGGAGGUCGUCUACAACAUCCCCGUCGAAGCGCCUUAGAAGAAAGGAAAAAAAGAAAAGGAAUCCGGCGACUGGUUCGUCCAAGUCAACGAGCCGGAUCCGCACUGCUGGAAAAG